UCAAGUGUCUUCCAAUCAACAGUCAACACAACAAUGGCGAGCGCUUCAACGCUCACCCUUCUUGAUCAUUACCACUCGUUAAAUACUGCUUCCCCUCUCUAUUUCUCUCUCGUCUUUCGCUCUUCUCCCAAUCUUUCCCUCAGAUUUUCCCUCAUUUCCUCCCAUGGCAGACAUACUUCUCGAUUCUGGCAUGGACGAAGUCCAGAAGCGCCUCAUGUUCGACGACGAAUGCAUUUUAGUGGAUGAGAACGAUCGUGUUGUGGGUCAUGAAUCCAAGUAUAACUGUCACUUGAUGGAAAAUAUUGAAUUUAAAAACUGGCUGCAUCGCGCUUUCAGCGUCUUUCUAUUCAACUCCAAAUACGAAUUGCUUCUUCAGCAACGAUCUGCGACAAAGGUGACGUUUCCGCUUGUCUGGACGAACACUUGCUGCAGCCAUCCAUUGUAUAGAGAAUCUGAACUAAUUGAGGAGGAAGCCCUUGGUGCAAGGAAUGCUGCACAAAGGAAGCUGUUGGAUGAACUCGGUAUUCCUGCUGAAGACGUCCCGGUCGACCAGUUCAUUCCGGUUGGUCGAAUGCUAUACAAGGCACCCUCAGAUGGCAAAUGGGGGGAGCAUGAAUUGGACUAUCUCCUCUUCAUCAUUCGAGAUGUCAACGUGAACCCGAACCCGGACGAAGUGGCGGAUGUGAAGUACGUAAACAAGGAGCAGUUGAAGGAGCUUGUGAGGAAAGCAGAUGGUGGAGAAGAGGGCUUGAAGCUGUCUCCUUGGUUCAGGCUAGUUGUGGACAAUUUUCUGUUCAAGUGGUGGGAUCAUGCGGAGAAGGGGACUCUUAAGGAAGCUGCUGACAUGAAAACAAUUCACAAGUUGACCUGAGAGCUUAAACAAUCAACCUGCUUGUUGUUUUUAGUUUUUGAAUCCAUUUCUUCCACAGCUCAAUAAUGCUUACUUUUUCAGUCUUCUACGAAUAACUUAACUGACAGUAGGUUUUGUUAUUCGGUGGAAAUUGAAAAUUU